AUGGGAUGCACCGAGAAACAAUAUGCGCAGCUCCCAACUGGCGAGAGUGACGUAACAGAGGUAAUAGGAAAACCGGGUGGAAUUCAAUCAAAUUUUCCCUACCACUGGUUGGAUUCCAAACACCCUGACAAAGCACGACGACGUAUUGGGGACCUUUAUUGGAAUGGAUGGGCUGCAUUUGUUAUUGGGUUUGCACUUUCUGGUGUGGGCAUGACUUUUUUGGUGUUGGGUUUGGGCUGUCUGGUGUUUGUGGAGGACGCUCCGCGUGGUUUUGCCCUGUUUUUUGUAGGGGUUUUGCUGUCGCUCCCGGGCGUGUACAGUCUGAUUGUAUUGUGGUACUAUGUGUGCGGGAAUAAGAAUUACUCCUACUUCCAGUUGCUCGUUGGGUAG